AAAAAAGUAUUGGAAGACUAUAUACCAAAAUUGAUAAACUAUUUACUGAAGUAACAUGUAUUAAUUAGAAGAGUAUUGAAAGUUUGUGGCAAAAUACAACAAACCGCAGAAAAUCUGAAAAUUAGGAUGUGAACGAUGUGAAGGAUUGCCGUAUCUACAUUAUUUUCAUGAUAUGUUUGGCAGUACGUUUCCAAUCGAUACAAACCUUGUUCUCUGGGUACAGCCUGUACCAAACGUUUCCAAAAGAUGGACUGACACAUUUGACAGAUAAAUACAAAUGGAUGGGGUUUCUUGCAUCCUUGCCAGUUGUGGGACUCAUUUUACCUAUAGAGACGGUUUAUAGAGAACUGAAAAAAGGAGUGAGUAAUAAAAUUAUUGGAAGAAGUUUUGCAUUAACUCUCAUCGAUCCAGCCGUUUUGGUGUGUUUUACUACAAUAUUUUAUGCUAGUUCAAAUAAAGCUAUAGUUUCUAAGUCUUGGAUAUUCAUUCUGUUUCUUGCCAUGGGAUGCUUCAUUGUCAUGGGCGCAGAGGUUGCUAUGUUGAUUGUAUGCAUAGUUUUUUGUUUAGAGGAGAUUUAUUAUGUGCCACUAAUGUUCCUGUAUUUGGUACUUUUAUGGCUAUAUCUGACUCGUGCAGUGAUUUAUAUCAAGACAACGAUUGGUGGGUAAUUGUUAUAGUAAAGGCAGGUGUUAAUGUUGCGUCUAACACGUUUAACAAUUUAUUCUCUAAAAUCUUCAAAAGCUUGUAUUUAAGAAGUGUAAAAGCCUAGUAUACUUUUUUUGAAAGGUCUUAAUUUCUCCUGACAUAUGAAGCAACACUUGUCAAAGUCCACGCGACUGUAAAAUGGUAAAGGUUUUCGAAGAGGAUAAAAUGUCUUACCCAUCUUCAAUUUUUGGACAUAACAAGUAUUUGUUAAAAUUUGUGACGCAAGGAAUAUUGUUUAACAUACAGCAAACGUAAAGGAAAUUACUCCUAGUUGUAAGCGUUUUUCAAACAUUGAAUAUUGAUGCAUGUAAGAGAUUUUGUUUCCUUUAAUGAGCUAUAUCAUUUUGUAGUCAUAACUUUUCUGAUUAGCAUAAAGAUUUACUAAACAUGUUUGAGUUAACUGUAGAUUAAAAAAGGAGACAAACACAUUUUCAAGUGUAGGUAUCUAAUUACAGCAAUAUUUCUUAUUUUGUACAGAAUGAUUUCAAUAAUUGUUGACAUGACUGUUAAAGGGAAUAAAUAAUUUAUAUCUAUUGUAUUAUCACUUUUUCCCUAUUUAAGUAAGAAAUUAAUUCUUAAUAAUUUUGUAUGUCUGUUUGACUGUAAUACUACACUAAUUCCCGAAAAGUUUAAUUUCAUAUAUGUGUUUUCAAUAUAUUAUGUAUUGUCACAUUUUGCAUUACAGUUACAGCCAUUGCUUUGUGCUGUAAGAUGCUUCAUUUUUUACUCCAUUAUACAAAAGUGUAGUCUCUUAGUACAAAUUUUCGAAAGUGGCAGUAUACAACAGAAUUUUCCCUUGAACAAAGUAGUAAGUAAACAUUCAGGGAUAAUAUUUGAAAUAUUACUUAAUAUCUUACAAGUAUAUCUUUGCGGUUUUUGCGUGUUCACUCAAAAUGAUUCAAUCCAUUCGAGACACAUGAGAUAAAUAUGCAAAAUGUGUUUUAACAAAUACUUGACAGUUUGUGCAAUUUAAGUACAUGUAAUCUAAAAAGACUAUUGAAUGCAUCCCUUGGCGUUUUGAAUAUAGUAUAUAUGAAUUAUUUCCUUAACGUAUCAUGAAUAAGCCAAAACUGCAGUGAGAAUAAAAUUUUCUGUGAGAAUAAUCAACAUAUGUCUAUGGUUGCUGAUUUUAGACAUUUCGUUAUGUCGCAU